AUGGCCAUCCCUAGGACUACCCGCGAGUACCGUCUCCCGAAGGCCGACGGCUUCCACGACCUCACCCUCACCUCAGCGCCUAUCCCCCUACUCAAGGCGACAGAAGUGCUCGUGAAGGUACACGCCGUCUCGCUGCAGCACCGCGACCUCGCCAUCGCGAAGGGCCAGUACCCGCUCAAGCAAAAGGAGAACGUCGUGCCGUGCUCCGACCUCGCUGGGGAGAUCGUCGCGCUCGGCGCGGAGGUCGUAGGCUGGCGCAGAGGCGACAGGGUGUGCUCGAACUUCGCGACAGACCAUAUCUUCGGAGACGCCACCGCGGAGCAUCGGGCGACCGCUCUAGGUGCACCUAUUGACGGCGUGUUGGCCGAGUAUAAGGUCUUGCCUGCGCAUGCGCUGGUGCGCGUCCCGGAGCAUCUCAGCUAUGAGGAAGCGUCGACUCUUCCAUGUGCGGCGGUCACCGCGUAUAACGCCCUCCUUGGACCGAACCCGCUAAAGGGCGGCGACACGGUGCUCGUCCAGGGCACAGGCGGGGUGUCCAUUUUCGGCCUGCAGAUUGCAGUCGCAUCGGGCGCGACUGUCAUCGCGACGUCUUCGUCCGACGAGAAGUUGGAGUUCAUGAAGUCGCUUGGGGCCGCGCAUACAAUCAACUACAAGACGACGCCAGAUUGGGACGAAGAGGUGCUCAGAAUAACGAACGGCCGUGGCGUCGACCACAUCCUGGAGGUCGGCGGGCCAGGCACCCUCAUGAAGUCUGUGAACGCAAUUCGCUAUGGUGGAACGAUCAGCAUUAUCGGCAUUGUGGCCGGGAUGUAUGCCGACGUGAGCAUGCUACCGCUUCGGGUAGUCAGCAAAGGCGCCAUCGUCCGCGGGAUCCACGUCGGAUCGCGCGAGCAAUUCGAGGCUAUGAACCGACUGAUCCAGGCGAUGAAGCUCAAGCCAGUCAUCGACAGGGUGUUUGCGUUCGAGGACGCGCGCGAGGCGUAUGAGUACCAGGAGAUUCCGCACGUCGGCAGGGUCGUCAUCAAGGUGGCGAAAGAGUCACAGGGGGCAAUGACCCAUUUUUCCGGGGAAAACAUGUCGGGAACAUGGCGGGAAUUGAAAGGAUAUUAA